ACGAAUUAGAAUCUUUAGACCAAGACCAAGAGUCAGUAUACCAAGAAUCUGAAUACUCAGAAUCAAUACAGACAGCACCAGACUAUAGCACACUAUUUGAAAGUUCGGAGGAAAACUCAGAUACAACAGAAACUUAUAGUGAUACAGUAUCAGAAAAAUCAGGUAUGGGAUCAUCAUCUGAAACUAAACAACCCUGUGUAAAAACUGAAGUAUCAUCAAUAGGAGCUCAGUAUGAGAUUAGUGACCUAGAUGGGGUCACUGAAUUCGAAAUAGAAGACAAAAAGUUCAACAAAGGAUUUGAUGGGGGAUGGCACUGUAAAAACCCAAAGAUCUCAAUUCAUCUGAAAGAUGGGGAAGAUAAGUUAGUUAUACCAGUAAAAUCAUUAUAUGAAGGAAAAGGUAAAGCUAAGGAAGACUAUCAAAAGCAUUACAUAUUGGAGACUCAGAAGAAGUUGGUAGAGCUAACCCAAGCCCAUGACCGAAGAGAAAGAGAGCUAGCUAAACAAAGAAACAAAGGUAUAUUUGACACAGUAGCAGAAUACCUGGAAAAGAAUCAGACUGGUCCAGAUGAUUAUAAAUUAGAAAUUAACUUAGAUAACAUUUUUACAGCAGCAGGACUAGGGGGAAAAGAGACCAAGUGGUCAGAAUUUCCAAAAUUCAGAGGAGGGGAAGAUGAUCCAUAUGAAUGGCUUGAUCAAUAUGAAGCUACUUGUGAAGUGAAUGGAGUAAAGAGUAACAGAAUGUUAGACUUGUUAUCAGCAAGUUUAGAAGGACCAGCCUUAUCAUGGUGGAGAUCUGCUAGAAAAACUAUAAUCACAUGGGAAGCAUGGAAAUCAGAGUACAAAUGUAAAAGAUCAUUUAAGUACCAAUUCUUAACCAGAUUCUGUGGACCUGAAAGACAACAGAGAUGGAUGGAAGAACUUCGGAAUUGUAAGCAAAGACCAGGAGAAACAGUCAGUGAAUAUUAUGGUAAAUUACAAACCUUGUAUAGAAAGGCAGACCCAGCUAAACAAUACCCAGAAAGAGAUAACUAUCAACAAUUCUUGAAAGGUCUAAGAAGUGAAUUACGAACAGCAGUAAGACUAGCAGCUGCAUCCAACCUUAGAGAAGCUGUGGAAAGAGCAAAGGCUGCAGAAGCUGCUUAUUCCAUGGACGGAUCUUUGGCAGGAUAUUCUUUGGUGAAGAAACAUGAUGAGGAGCUCCACAAAGAACUUAAAGAACUGAAAGAACUUUUAACAAAGAGAUAG